GUCAACAACGAUGGAAAAGUCACAACCCCUCUCGGAAUUUUUUUCAAAGCAGUUGGUGGAUCCAGUUUCUGAUGCUUUGAGGAGCCACACGUGUUCAGAGCAGGAGAUGACAUUGUUAGAGUCAGCAAUCGUGCACGCUCGGGAUUCACUACUCGAGGAGAUUCAAAGAUCCAAGAUCUCCGAAGAUGUCACCCAAACUGUUGAUUGCCUACUAAGCAGAGUGGACGAACUGCUGGAAGAGACCCGAAACUUCGCACCAAUCUCCCCACUCUCCUCUGAAGCACCAGAUAUUUUGCCAGCAAUGAUUUUGUUCAACUCACUUUGCUCUUCAAAGUCGUUAGACUUGGAGCCUAUUGAAAUCAAAGUAGAGGCGAUGGAAAAUCCCGUUGUGUCACCGCCAAUUUUUUCCUCAGAUGAUUCCGUGAAAGGGAUGCCAUCUCGUAAGCGAGCCAAGCGAAGUUUGGAGGAUACCGUUCAAAUGUUGUCCAAAGAGAAUUCAGUGUCCCCUCCACCACCUUCACUUCCAUUUGUCCUACCGCAGAUCCCAGUUCCCAUUCCAUUUUCAAACGCAGCAUUAAUGCAGCGAUGGCUAGGGCACCCAUUGACAAACCCUGCAUACUUGAACGCAAUGUUUCAACAUCAACCUGCUCCAAAACCGUCAGAAGAGCAAUUUGCUGCUUUAAUGAAAAUAACCAUGCACGCCGCCAACUUUAUGAAAACCGUGCCACAACUGCCAGUUUCAAAUCACUUCACAGAAUCUGAUGCAGAAGAUAUAAAAAUUGACGUGGAAAGUGACGAGGGAGAGAUUGAAGUGUCACCAUCACCAUCAACUGGUGAUAUCACUGAAAAUGAGUCGUCAUCGUCUUCAACCGGACCAAUGAUAUCACCGAACUGUGGAGAUGGAGACUGUGCCCUGGAGAAACCGUUCAUAUGCAUGCACAACAAUUGCGGCAAACGGUUCGCCAACAAGUUCCUCCUUAAAAAGCACAUGUUCAUUCAUACCGGCCUCCGUCCACACACAUGUCCACACUGCCACAAAAAAUUCAACAGGAAAGACAACCUGCUACGUCAUAAGAAGACCCAUUCACCGACGAGUGCUCAUUUGGGGCCAAUUCUACCCAAAAACCCCUUCCACGGGAUUCCACAGCUUCCGGUCCUUCAUAAUAUUGCCCUCACACAAGGCUUCAGUCAUUUCCAUGCUCUGAAAAUGUCUCUGGAAACUGGUGCUACAGCAGUGCGUAGUCUUUCCUAACUGACAACUUUUACACUAUGUUUUGUGCUACUUAUGUUUCAGCUGCUCACUUUUGUCAUCUUACUUUCCCCCUCUUUCCUUUAUUAACCAUAUCUAUCAAGUCUGUGAUUUAAAAUUCAAAGAUUCAAGCUGUGUUAUGUAUAUUAUUUCCUUUCAUAUUUUCUUUUCCAAACUGGGUAUCAGUAUGACUAAUGUGCAACCAAUUAUUUUCCCAUGCACUGCACUUUCCUUUACCACUCAAUGCUUUAAUUCUUCUAAAAUCUGGAAUUUUUAUUUUUUAUUCCUGAUGUUUUUUUUAUGGUUAAGAUUUGAUGUCAGCAAUAAAAUUGAAUUUAACGU